GAAAUCUUGUUGGGGUGUCAAAAUAUAUAAGAUAUAAAUACAUGUCUACAUAGACAUUUCAACUUUCCCAAUUGCCACUAUAUAUCAGACACAAAAAGCAGAGAAGGAUCUAAUAAGACAUUUCUAUAAAAAAAAUAGUUGGUAAACUAAUGGAAAAUGAGGGUUCAUGAUCAACGGCUGAGAUUUGAUGUCACACCCAAACCAAUGGGUUUGACCGGAAGUUCUUUGAUCACAGCAAGAUCCGUCGCAGUUCUUCUCUUUAUCUCUCUCUUUCUUCUGAUUCUUCCGCCGUUCCUUCCGCCGCUUCCACCGCCCCCGGCGACACUCCUCCUCCUUCCUCUCCUUCUCAUGGUUCUCCUUGUUUUCUUGGCUUUUUCUCCUUCUAAUGAGCCUAGCCUUGCCGUGGAUUCACUCGACCCCUGACGUCCGCGACUUGCGCACCGUAUGUACAUACAUAUAUAUAUAUGCAUUACACCAAAUACCUACAAGUGUGUUGAUAUGUGUAUGUGUAUUAAUGGCUUUUAGUUUCGUGCAAGUUAGAUCAUGCGAUAGAUCUCCGAGUAAAUUUAGCGUUUAAUUACUUUCUUUGAGCAAUUAAUUUUCUUUUUCUUUUUUAUUCGUUUCUUUCUUUUCUUAUUUUGUAGAAGAAUUCUUUCCUUUUUUUAAUCAGUCACAUUAUGAAUUAAAGAAGAAUAUUUUAAAAAUUAAGUCGAAGCUUUCUUGUUAUA